AUGGCCAAACUCGCCGAAACAUCGCUAAACGAGGUGCUACCUUUGCCCUUUCGGGUGGCUCUUCUAUUUCAAUUGGGAGUCCAUCUUUGGUAUGCCAUGGUCUGGGUAUGCUAUCGUGUGUAUGAUGUCAACUGUCUAGCCCUUUUAGACCUCUCAUACUCGAGCCACAACUAUGCCCUAGACGGACAAAACACAGGCCUUGUGUAUGGUGAGCUGGCGACCAUCAUUCCUGCUGAACUCAAGGAAAACCUGUCUCUUCUACUAGGCAUCAAGGCGACCGGAUCGAAACUAUUCUCUGCACUUGCAUUCUCAUUGGUGUGCUAUUGGCUAUGCAAGGCAGUGAUUUCUCCUGAUUUCUUUUUAUUCGCGCCAAUUGUGAACCUUCUUUUCCUUUUCAUUACCGUGUAUUCGUUUUAUGUCGUGUUUCGUCCCGGAAAGACCAUUGGACAGCAAAGAGUUCACAGCUCUAUCAAGCGUAUCUUGAUUGGCAACAUCAACUCGGCUACGAUGCGCACAAAUGACAUUUUCUUCUCUGAUACACUCACAUCUUACGCUAAAGUGCUCAAUGAUCUAAUGUGCUUUAUUUGGAUCACUUUUGUCACAUCAGAUUCGCUGUACAAUACCCGUGUUGAAGCGCUUGUGUUGGCCUUUCCACAGCUCGUGAGAAUGAAGCAGUGUUACUAUGAAUACAAAGUUUGCAAUCAAAGGCAACAAUUAUUUAACUUUUUCAAGUACGCCGCACUGCUUGGACCCAUUUUGGUGAACAUGUUGAUCAAAUUGAAUAUGCUGAGACUUGCAUCCACGGGUGAGACAACCACAGACAGUCUCGACAGGCUAAACAAUUGGUGGUAUAUUUCAUCGACAGUCAGCUCUCUAUAUCUGUUCGUCUGGGACGUCCGUAUGGACUGGGGCUACGGCUUGUUUGAAUUUUACAAGUCUAGAAGACAUUACGAACCUCUUCGUGCGGGACGUCUUGUAUUUGGACGCCGUGCCAUUUACUUCUUUAUCAUUUUCAUUGACUUCGUGUUGCGGUUCAUUUGGUUCUUCAAGAUGUUUGUCAUUGUUGAAACAGAGAUCGAGCUCGGGCUUAGACAUCGUGUGGGAAAUUUUCUUUUCGGAUACAACUUCCUACUGCUUGGGUAUCUAAUUUUAGAGACUUUGGAAAUUUUCCGGAGAUGGCUCUGGUGCUUCUUGAAAUGGGAGCACGACUUAUCGAAACUUCAGCCAAAGGACGCAGAAGCCAUACAAUUAAGUGAUUUGAAGUCGGGGUAA